AUGCCACCCUCAUCGUUGACUCCUCAAGAGAUUAUUGAUCUUGACCAACAACAUGUGUGGCAUCCCUACGCCGCCAUGCCGAAUGGUGUACGGUGCUUUCCGGUUCACUCCGCCAAGGGCGUCGAGAUCGAGUUGACGGAUGGCCGGACGUUGGUGGAUGGCAUGUCCAGUUGGUGGGCCGCCAUUCAUGGGUACAAUCAUCCCGUCCUGAAUAACGCUGCCACGCAACAAAUGGAACGCAUGUCCCACGUCAUGUUUGGUGGUCUCACCCACGAACCGGCCGUUCAAUUGGCCCAAAAAUUGGUCCAAGUGACACCUUCCCAAUUGCAGCAUGUCUUUUACUGCGACUCGGGGUCCGUCUCCAUUGAAGUUGCCAUGAAAAUGGCAUUGCAGUACUGGCAUAAUUUGGGUGGUGGCGACAACAGGAAACAUCGAUUCUUGACCGUUCGUGGGGGGUAUCAUGGAGAUACCUUCAAAGCCAUGAGUGUUUGUGAUCCCGUCAAUGGGAUGCAUCACUUGUUUUCGUCCGUGCUCGCCAGUCAAAUAUUUGUACCGCGACCACAAGUUGGAUACUACAGCGAUGACUGGGACGAGAGUGAUUUGGACCAGUUCAAGCAAACGCUGGAACAACAUCAAGACGAAAUUGCCGCUGUCAUUCUCGAACCCAUUGUCCAGGGAGCCGGAGGCAUGCACUUUUAUCACCCAAACUAUCUACGACGCGUACGAGAGUUGUGUGACGAGUACAAUGUACUGUUGAUUCUCGAUGAAAUCGCCACCGGAUUUGGUAGGACCGGAACCUUGUUUGCGUCCGAACACGCCAACAUUCAGCCCGAUAUUCUCUGUCUGGGCAAGGCAUUGUCGGGUGGAUUCUUGUCCUUUGCGGCCACUAUGACCACCACCAAAAUAUCACAAGUCUUUGCCCAAGGAGAAGCCGGCGUCUUCAUGCAUGGUCCGACCUUUAUGGGCAAUCCAUUGGCAUGUGCCGUCAGUUUAGCCAGUCUCAAUCUACUCCUCGAUGACCAAAACUACAAUUGGAAACAAAAGGUACACGCCAUAGAACAGCAACUACAAACAGAACUCGAGCCCUGUCGAGAAUCUCCACUGGUGCAGGAUGUCCGCGUGUUGGGAGCAAUUGGUGUCGUCGAAAUGAAGGAACCCUUUGAUAUGAGAGUCAUGCAACCCAAAGUAGUCGAUCAAGGAAUAUGGCUUCGACCCUUUGGCAAACUACUCUACACCAUGCCACCCUUCAUCAUGGAGGCACAUCAACUGCGCAAAAUCACACAGGCAAUGGUGGCGCUGACGAGACGAAAGUUUCCGUAA